AUGGCCACCAAAAGUAACAGGUCAAAGGACAGCCUAAAGAUCAUCCACGCAGGUCUUUACCGCACAGGAACAGCCUCCAUGGCCGAAGCAUACCGUAUCCUCGGGUUCAAGGCCCACCACGCUCUACACAACGAAUGGCAUGAACCGUGGGAUAAACUCGAGCAAGCAGCGGAAGCUACGUAUCCUCAUCUCGUCCAUCUUUCAGACUACACUCACAACGGUCCUCGCCCAGCUUUCACCAAGGAUGACUGGCAGGGCUUAUGGGGUGAUUAUGAUGUUGCUACUGACGUAGCUUCGACGUUUACUUUGGAGCUUAUCAAGGCGUAUCCUGACGCGAAAGUGGUCAUUGUCCAGAGAAAGUUCGAAGAUUGGUGGCCGUCGUUUUAUUCGGAGAUAUUGGUCUCUGUAUUUCACGCUACGUGGCUCCAAAAGUUCUUGACGUGGUAUGUCCUUCGUUUUCGUGCAUUACAUGCCAUGAGGAAGAUUCUCGCGGGUUUUCUUUCUAUGAAUAAAUAUUCACUCGAGGCCAUCACACCCGAACAAGCAAGAGAUGUAUAUGAGGGAUAUUAUCGUAAGGUUCGGGAAGCUGUACCGGAGGAGAGACGGCUGGAUUAUUCUCUUGGUGAUGGAUGGGAACCUCUUUGUCGGUUUUUGAGGAAAGAUGCUCCGGAUGUUGAGUUUCCGAGGGUUAAUGAUCGGAAGACUCAUAGUGAGGACAUGGAAAGGCUUAUGGCGAAGCUUAUGAGGGUAUCGUUGAGGGUUAUUGGGCCUUAUCUUGUUGGCGUGCUUGCUGUUGCUGUUGCGGUUUAUGCCUGGUGA